UCUACUACGAUGGUAAAAGAGCGCGAAUAUCGAGAGACGAGGAGUCAAUGAAACUUCCCAUGCAAAUCGUAUCGCGUGAUAUAACUUAUUGUCAACGAUGAGCGUGCGAAAUAUUUGUACCUCGAUGAUCUUUAUUCACCAAAUUCGCCGUGUUACGAUAACAUUAUUAAAACGCGUACGAGUGUAAAGAGGCACGAAACGGGUUGCUCGUGCACGACGAAACUCUUAUCAACGUGUUGCGAUAACUGAGCGCAAGCAACGGCAAAAAUUUGUCGAUCGCAUUGCUUCAAGUAUUUUUCGACUACAUUCAGUGGGCGCCAUAACAACGUCCAUUUGUCUAUGACAAUCAUUGUGGGGCGGACUUUGUAAACCCGGUAUCAAACACGUGUGGCUAUAUCUCGUAAAAUGAUUGGAUUUUAAUUCAUAAGUCGUGUUAGGAAUUUUGUUCUCAACGUGAUUGAAAUCAAUUAACAAACAUGCCGGAACUGACUGAACUUGACAAAGCUGCGAGCUCCGAACCUACCAAGGUCGAAGCAGCAACUGCAGGAUCUGGAACGGAUUCAGACUCGGACAAUACGCUUCCAGAUUUAGAAGAACUAGAUGCCGGUGAUACUACUGGUUUCUCAGGAACGACCGUUACCGGUCUUCCUAUUGACAUGGUAUCUAAGGCAAAACAAAGUCGUGGAGAAAAAAAGGCCAGGAAGCUUAUGAGCAAACUAGGAUUGAAACCUGUCCAAGGAGUCAACAGAGUAACUAUUCGUAAAUCAAAGAAUAUUCUUUUUGUAAUCAACAAGCCAGAUGUGUUGAAGAAUCCAGCUUCUGAUACAUACAUAGUAUUUGGUGAAGCUAAGAUCGAGGAUCUUAGUCAGCAAGCCCAAAUGGCAGCAGCUGAAAAGUUCAAGGAACCACCAGUUAUUCCAGCAACUGAAGCUAGCGGUAGUACUACGGUCGUCGCACCUAUACAAGAAGAAUCAGAAGAAGAGGUCGAUGAAACAGGUGUAGAAGAAAAAGAUAUUGAGUUAGUAAUGUGUCAAGCCAAUGCGUCACGAGGGAAAGCUAUUAAAGCUCUCAAAAAUAAUGACAACGACAUCGUCAAUGCUAUUAUGGAAUUGACGAUGUAAUGAAGCUGCUUAGCAGUAGGAUGUGCUACGUCGUAGCUCGCAUUGUGAGGUCGUUUUAUUUUAUCAUCUGCGUUAUCAGGAAAAACCAUCAUCCUUUCUUUUGUCUCAUUACAUUGAAGGGAUAGGCUCGAAUACUGAGAGACAUCGGAGUUCGCACGGAGGCCGUGAUGCUUGUCUCAUAAAAAAAAUCCACAUGUAUAUACAUAAUUCAUAUGAAAAAAAAUAAAUACACUAAGGAUACUA